GUGGGAAUUUUGAAGAUAUGAAAUUGUUCGCGGGUUGAUAUUUCGCGGGGUGGGGAAUGUAUUGUUUUUAAAAGUUUUAUACAAAAAGACGACAUGAUUUCAACGCCUAUGAAACAAGGUUUUUUACCUUCCAGUACACCUGUGCAAGCACUGAAUGACAGUGGUUAUUUUGGAAGUGAUAACAAAUCAUCAUUGACAAAAACUGUGCAUAAGUUAUCUCCUAUUAAAGAAUCUUCACCUUUUAAAAAGAGAGCAAAUGAUUUUUCUGAAUUGUUAAGCCUUGAUUGUUCGGAUAUUUCUACUAAAGAAGACUGUGCUUCCACUUCUAAUUUAAAAGAUUUUCAAUUUCACUUUGAUGAACUUAUAAAAGAAAUUGAUUUUAAUGACAUAUCUCUAAGCUCCUGUAAUUCAUUUGUUGAGAAUUCUAAGAAUGCUGAAAUUCUAAAUCAAAAUUCAUUUCCUUCAUUCUUAAUACAUGAUCUAGAAGAUAAGAUUAUUUCAACUAAUGAGAGAGCAACACAAUAUUUGCAGCAGGACAAAGAUAUCAGUUUGCAUUUAAGUGUAGUAGGCAACCAAAAUAAUAAAGAACAAUGUUACUCCGAUAAAGAUUCCACAAACCACAUUAAUUCUGAUAUUUCUCAGAAAUGUGAUGAUACAUUGCGUAGAAUAAAAUAUAUAAAGAUAGAUAUUCUAAGAGAACUAGAUAAAAUUAAUUGCAUUUCAACCUUGAAGCAUAUAUUUACUUUUCUCUCAGCAGCUGAUCUUACCAAAGUAUGUUGUGUGAGUAAAAAGUGGAGAGAAAUAGUAAUUAAUGAUUUUAAAGCAAAUUCUAGAAGAAAGAAAUUUCUGAAAGAAAAACAAGAUCAUAAGGAAAACCAUCAGCAUCUCACUACAAUAUUGAAGACUAAUCAUAAAGGAGAAACAAGGCGUCCUGUCUCAUUGUAUAAAACAGUGCUUUCUGAUAUAAAUAAUAUCAAAACACCACCUAAACAGCCUCUAGCAAACCAAUCAAAUAGAAAGUUUGAUUCUUUCAUUGAGCAAGGGAAAAACCUGAAGAAUGGAAUAUUGAGAAAGUGCCCUAAAUGUGAAUAUGCAGCUAAAAGUCAAAUCACUGAUAAAUUUUCUUGUACAAACUGUGAUUAUGCUUUUUGUGGAAAUUGUCUUAAUCCUUUGAAUGGGAGAAAUCAUAGCUGUUCAAAACAAACUGUGUCAAUAAUAAUUGGUAGCAAGAAAAGUAAGAAAAACCUGAAACGUCUGUGAAAGCUUUUUGCGCUUUCUGUUUGCCGUUACAACACAAAUACAUAUCAUCAAAUUGUUCAAUGAGUUCUAGUCAGAAUGUAAAACAAACAUUUUGAAUAGUGCAGGUAUAAAAGUGUCCUUCUCAUGUUUUAAAAUAGUUAAAGCAAAAAAUGUAUAUACUUUUUAGAAUGUAUAUAACACUUGUUUACAUUUUACAACUGCAUAUUUCUGCAUUGAAUGUUUUAUUGAUUAUUUGCAAAAUGUGUUUUUAUAUUAUAAAUCUAAAGUUAAUUAAAUUUUUUUCACACAAAAUUAACAUUUUUUAGGAAGUAAAUACAAUUUGUAAAAGAUUGUAACCAAACCAAUAACUGGAAUGAUUUGGUGAUAUGAUUAAAAAGGUUAAUCAGUGUGGUGUGGCCUUUUUUUAAAAAAAAGUUUAAUUUGUAAGAAAUAAAUAAAAAUUUAAAACAUUUAAAAAUAUUGCUGGUUUUUGCA